GAGCUGACUGGGCGUGCUCUUUUCUUCAUACCUUCAUCAGGAGAACUGUGCUGAGAUAUCAGCGCUGCUGCUGCACUGGAAAAAAACAGCUUCAGCCUGAAUAGUGUGAGCUUCCCCCCGGUGAAGCCAUGGUCACCGCUGCUGAGCGCCAAAACUCAUGGGAGCUGUCGAUCCAAGUGGAUCAGCGGCAAGGAGAUGAGAGCAUGAAGUUUAAAAUUCUGGUUAAGGGAGAUCUUCACAUUGGAGGACUCAUGCUCAAACUCGUGGAGAAGAUCAAGACCCCUCAGAACUGGUCAGAUCAUGCCCUGUGGUGGGAAAAGAAGAACUGCUGGCUGUUGAAAAACCACUGGACACUGGAUAAGUAUGGAGUGCAAGCAGAUGCUGACCUACGCUUUACUCCCCAGCAUAAGCCACUGUUGCUGCAGCUGCCCAACAUGAAGACCAUCAAACUGACCAUCAGCUUCUCAUCAGUGGUCUUCAAGGCUGUGGAAGAAAUUUGCAAAGCACUCAACAUAAGAAGAUCAGAGGAGUUAUCCCUCCUGAAAGCACCAGAUGAUCCAAAAAAGAAAAAGAAAAAAGACAAGAAUAAGGACCAGGAGGAAGAUGAAAUAAUAGACAUGGACGUUAUCAGUGGAACAGCUGGCAGCAGUCUCUACAGUAAAACCAUGACGGCGACCUAUGACCCUGAGAACGGAACACCCGCAUCAGCCACCAGCCUGUGGUUCGGGGAGAACUCUCUGACUUCCAGCCAGCCCAACGUGCCCCCAGAGGAGCUGGCCAAGAUGUACCAACCUCUUAGUAUGGAAGAUAAAUCUGUAAUCAAUGCUGGGUGGCUGGACUCAUCGAGUUCUCUAAUGGAGCAAGGCAUCCAGGAGAAUGACAAGCUUCUUCUGCGCUUCAAGUACCAUUGUUUCUUUGAUCUCAAUCCAAAGUAUGAUGCAGUAAGGAUUACACAACUGUAUGAACAAGCACGGUGGGCUAUUCUCCUGGAAGAGAUUGAAUGCACUGAAGAAGAGAUGCUGAUGUUUGCUUCCCUGCAGUAUCACAUAUGCAAGCUGACCAUGUCUACCAAGCCUGUGGACUAUUCAGACGAACCCGACAUCGAUGAGGUGGAGGCAGCCCUCUCACAUUUGGAAACAACACUUGAAGGACGAAACACAGACAAAAUUCUGGAAGAUAUCACAGAUAUUCCAAAAUUGGAAGACACUCUUAAACUGUACAGGCCCAAGCGACUACUGCGAACGUUCAAAGACUACUGGUUUGUGUUCAAAGACACCAGCAUUUCCUAUUACAAAAACAAAGAGUCUGCCAGUGGAGAGCCCAUUGAACAACUCCAUCUGCGAGGCUGUGAAGUUGUUCCAGAUGUCAAUGUAACAGAAAAGAAGUUUGGGAUCAAACUCUUACUACCUGUUGCAGAUGGAAUGAACGAGGUGUAUAUUCGUUGUGAUAAUGAAACGCAGUAUGCCAAGUGGAAAGCUGCCUGCAUCUUGGCCUCUAAAGGCAAGACGAUGGCCUACAGCUCCUACAGCUCUGAGGUCAGGAACAUCCAGUCUUUCCUACAGAUGAAGAGUUUGGCGCCCCCACCCGGCCAGGCUGCAUCUGACGUGGAGUCCAUGGAGAUGAAUCCUGAAUGUUUUGUCUCUCCACGAUAUGGCAAAAAAUACAAGAACAAACAAUUGUCUACACGGAUCUUGGAUGCCCAUCAUAAUAUUUCCCAGCUCUCUCUCAUGGAGGCUAAAAUGCGCUUCAUCCAGGCAUGGCAGUCUUUGCCAGAGUUCGGUAUCAAAUACUACAUAGUUAGAUUCAGAGGGUGCAAGAAGGAUGAGAUACUAGGCAUCUCCUACAACAGAUUAAUCCGUAUUGACACGUCCACACGCCUGCCAGUGACCACGUGGAGAUUUUCCAACAUGAAACAAUGGAAUGUCAACUGGGAGAUUAGACAGGUGUCCAUUGAAUUUGACCAAAACGUGUGGGUAGCAUUCUCCUGUCAGAGCUGUGACUGUAGAGUGGUUCAUGAAUACAUUGGAGGCUACAUUUUCCUCUCAACCCGCUCCAAGGACCAAAAUGAAACACUAGAUGAAGAACUCUUCCGUAAACUUACAGGAGGACAAGAAUAACUGUUAACAUCACUGAAAAACUUGUGAAUCUUCCAUGUGUCAAGUCGAGAUUGGCCUUCAGAUUUCAAUUGACCAAGUUGUAAUGUAGCCUUUUUAAUAUGUUUCAUGCUUUUGUUUUUUUUUUUGUUUACAUUUAAACAAAAACCUCAUUAAAAAGCUCAGAUUUGUGACACUACAUGGGUAUGCUAGCCAAGCUUACUGGUAUUUGCUGAAUUUCAUCUUAUGAGCUUAAUUGUAAGUUUAAUUCAGAGCUUCCAAAGAGGAGAGCCACACCUGAUCUGAUACUACUGACAUACUUAGCUGCUCCAGCUUGUGGAUGUAACAUGAGAGACAGAAGCUCAUCUGUUGCUGCACAGUUUGUGUUGGUCAUCCUCUAGUCCUUCAUCAGUUCUCACAGGAAGCUGCCCACAGAGCACUGUUGGCUCAUUGUUUUAUCUUGAUAGACUGUUCUUAGUCCAGCAGUGACACUGAGGUGUUUAAAAACUCCAGCAGCACUGCUGUGUCUGAUCCACUACUUCCCUAAAAACACACGCUAAUACACUACACUGUCACUGCAGUGCUGAGAAUGGUCUACCAUCCAAUAGCUGCUGUGUGGUGGUUGUGUGGGUUUAUUGAAGAACAAGGGGAAGGGAAGGAGGAUAAUUAAGUAUGAACAGAAACAUAGGGCCCCAUUCUGUAAUUAUAGAACUAUAAAGUGAUCCUGUGUGCACAGUGGAGCUGAAAGAUGGACAUUGCAUGUAGAAACAAGGAGGUGGUGAUAUUCUUAUGUGUAUACACUAUUUCAUUUCUGCUGAAGAAUUAAAAAGGCAGCCAGCCACAACAAAGUAUUGAAAACAUAGUGAAUGUUAUUUGUUUUUGUAUUUCCUAUUAAACAUGUCAAUCAGAA